GGGCGGUAAAGAGGGCUCUGCGGAUUUUCACCCACAGCUCCACACUGAAGCCGCUGUUAGUGAAGCAGGAUGGCGGCGUACAUGCUGGAGACCCGGGUCGAGCAGUUUUCUCGCCCCAGCGAUGCGGUACCGAGCUGGGAGAGGCAAGAAGUCAGCACCGGGACGACCAUCAUGGCGGUGGAGUUUGAAGGAGGCGUGGUGAUCGGUGCAGACUCACGUACAACAACAGGAGCUUACAUCGCCAACAGAGUAACGGAUAAGCUCACUCCUAUUCACGAGCGCAUCUUCUGUUGUCGCUCCGGAUCUGCAGCCGACACUCAGGCCAUCGCUGACGCGGUCAGCUACCAGCUUGGCUUUCACAGUAUUGAGCUGGACGAGCCUCCGCUGGUGCAGACAGCCGCUAAUCUGUUUAAGCAGAUGUGCUACAGAUACCGAGAGGAGCUGAUGGCUGGGAUCAUCGUAGCAGGGUGGGAUAAACGGAGGGGCGGACAGGUGUACACUGUGCCUAUGGGCGGGAUGUUGGUGAGGCAGCCCGUCUCAGUGGGAGGAUCUGGAAGCUCCUACAUCUACGGCUUCAUCGACUCCAAAUACAAGUCGGGGAUGACCAAGGAGGAGUGUCUGCGCUUCACUGCUGAUGCUUUGGCCCUGGCUAUGGAACGAGAUGGCUCUUCAGGGGGCGUGGUCAGACUGGCAGCUAUCACGGAGGCGGGGCUUGAGCGCAGUGUAAUUCUGGGGAACCAGCUGCCCACAUUUUUUAGUGCUUAGAUCUUUGGCAACAUUCAUUUUUGACUUGUAAUACAUACCUCUUUUGUUAGAUCAGUAUUCCACCGAAACAGAAAAGCACGUGUCCGUUACCGUCUCACACUAAAUUGCUGGUUUCCAGUCCUGAGGACUUCAGGCUCUGCUCAUUUUCGCAUGUUUCCCUGAUUGAGUCUGGAAAAUGGCUUACAGGUUGAGUUUGUGUGUGAGCAGGCACUGGGCGGGGCUGGGAACCAUUGCAUUAAAUAAACAGUUGUUUCUUUUUGUCAUUGAAUAAAAGAAUUGUCUUGGA